AUGAUGAUGAAGAAGAAGAAUUCAGUGGUUUCUAUCAUGCUUUUAUUUCUUAUAGUAUUUUCUCAAAUGGAUAACGUUGUUCCAGAUGCUUCUGAUUGCUUAGAUGCUUGCUCCACCGCAUGUGUUUCAAGAGACUCGAGACUUACGGCAAGGUGUGACAGAAAGUGCCAGAUUCGAUGCGAUCCAGAUUCUAUGGUGGAGAAAGGCAUGGAUUAA